CAAGACAGGUAACACAGGUGAGCGGUUUUGUCAACCAUGCCUUCUCCAAUCCCAGUUACGCGGUUACUGCCUAAAGACUUUCGGCCAUCGGUGGAGCUAGGAGCAUGCAGCAGCCCUCUGAUCAAGUAUGCCGGUGGAUCCACGUUAGCUGUCCCAGCACACACAUUCCGCAGUAAAGUUGCCGGCAGACUAUGGUCGUCUGUUAUUCACUGGAACGAGCUGCACUGUUUAGAGCCUCUUGGGACUGGUGGUUUUGGCUCAGUUUACAAAGGUAUGUACUUUGGGGAAACCGUGGCCGUGAAAAAGGUGAAGAGGUAUUCUAAGAACAAACUGGCGUGCAGGCACAGUUUUUGGGCAGAACUGAAUGCCGCACACCUGCGCCACAAAAACCUUGUCCGAGUGAUUGCAGCCACGACAUCUAUUCCGGCUGAUCCGGAGAACGCGGAUAACAUUGGCACCAUAAUAAUGGAAUUAGCUGGAACCAGGAAUCUGCAACACGUGAUCUACGCGAGUGCAGAGCCACUAGUAGAGAGCAGGUGCAGGACCUAUUCAAUUGACAUAGCUCGAGGUCUCGAAUACCUGCAUGCGCACAAUGUGGUACACCUUGACGUGAAGCCUGCCAACAUAAUGGUGUCCGAUACCGACGUGUGCAAACUCGCUGAUUUCGGUUGUUCACUGAAGCUGGAGUGCUCCGGAGAACUCAGUCCUCUCACAAACUACCUCGGUGGCACCUACACUCACCGGGCGCCUGAACUGCUGAAAGGUGAAGAGGUCACCUUGAAGGCUGACGUUUACGCUUUCGGCAUCACUCUGUGGCAGCUGAUCACCCGGGAACUGCCCUAUCAAGGUGACCGCCAGUGCGUGCUUUAUGCAGUUGUGGCUUAUGAAUUACGGCCACCAGUUAAUGGGGAAAGAUUUAGGGACUCUCAAUUCGGACGGAUGUCUAAAGCUCUCCUGGUCAGGUGCUGGAGCGCCAAUCUAAACCAAAGACCAACUGCCGAACAACUCGUCAGAGAGCUAAAUACGAUGCCAAGCUGAAGUCGGCCCCCUCCUCCAUGCACACGUGCAAUAUGCCAUCGACAGAAAUGGGAUGAGUAAAUAUGAAUAAGUAAAAUAUUAGACUGUAUGUAUAUAUUUAUGUAUGUAUAUGUGGAUUUAUGGACUCAUAGGCUAUAGGAGGCUACGUAGGCUCCAUGAGAAUCUGUUUUACUUGUUUUAUCCUACUUUCUGGCAGGUGUACCUUUCCAGUCUGUCUGCCACUAGGGCACGCCAUUGACUUUGCAGUCUUUCUACCUCUGUGCACCGCUUUAAACUGCUUAUUUUUUAUAAUAAAUAAUCUGCUGAAGUUUA